GGUAACUUCGAGCAGUAAAUGCGUUUCGAUUUUUUCUUGCUAUAAGCACUAAUUCGUGUUGUCGAUUGCAGCAUUAAUACUGCAUCGGACAUAAACAUCAACAAGUAUCGAAUUAAGUCAAUGAGUGGACCUUCUUCAGUAAAUGCUAAGACGUCACUUUUUGUGAAACAUCGAUGUACUACCAUUUUCGGACGAGGGCACUCAAAUCUAACGAAAACGGCUACUCGUGGCACACGACCCACAUCGCUAUCUUCACAGACAAAACACCUGAAUUCUUGAACACAGGCGCACAACCCGAAAACGUACUCAAAGAAGCACCUGCAGCCGAACGGAUGCAGCGCGAUUUUGCACAGACAUCGUGAAAAAAAACGAAACAAACACCUUCAACGUUGCAUUGUAAAUGAAGUAACAUCAUCUAUCAAUAUCAACAUCAACAUCAAAGGAGAUGAACUAGAACGCAGUAAACGAAUUAUCCAGACCACUGAGAUUCAAGUUUUUUUUGGUGCGAAAUACCAGAUUGAUGUACGGCGAACAAGAGCACAUGCACAGAAAAUAAGCUUCUGAAUGAAAGUUCAGACAGGCCUUUGCGACCAGUAGGUAGGUCGCAUUCACGCAGAAGCAGAACGUCAUGCAGACUAAGAGCCAAUUUGGAACCACAGGAGCUACUUUUCGAUACACAAAGAUGGUGCUGCAUACCUUCUUCUCGGCUGACCGCGGGUGGGAAUCUGUCUCCGCGUAGAGAGCAAGAAUUUCUCUACUGCUCUUGCAGGCGAGAAGAGAAGGAUCUUCAACCCAAAUUAUCAGGAAUCCGUAUCUUCCGGGAUACGGAUUGAUCAUAGGGACAAGUGAGUCGUAAACGUCCUGUGGAAGUGGCGAUAGCGACCAGCACGAAGACCGCGAAACUAGAAUUCGAGAUAUCUUCAACGACUAGGAUUCUUCAUACCAGCAGGGAAGACGAGGUGGUCCAGUAGUUCGAAAAGCACAACAAGAACAAUGACGAAUCCUACUUCAGGAGUACCAACACCGCACCAGCACAUGACGGGCUCGUCAUCGACGCGGUCACGGUCAGGGCGAACGUGGAGACAAGCAAUGACGUCAGCCCUAGGAUACGGGAACUCGACACCCUCAGUAUCCUCAUUGCCAUCAUCCACGAAUUCACAACCGCAUCCAACGACGCUCCCUAUGCCGCCAGCAGAUGAAAACGAGGAUGACAAUGCGUACCCAAUCUUAACUCUUUUCAUAAUCAUAACCAGAAAAUUAACAUUCAAGCAGAAUCAGAAAAAUUUGUUCAACUUGUCAAAAAGAAAAACAAAAAGAUGAUGUAGUUGACUAAAAUUCAACUUCCCUCUUUAUCUUUUGACAGGCCCCCGUCAAGAGAGCUCUUGGAAAAACUGAAAGGGAAAGAAUUUAGACUUCGCUUGGAGAGCAUAUUCUACAACCUCGUGAUGGCGCGGAGGACGUACUUAUUUUACGGGAUGCUUUUUGCUUGUUGUGCCGAAGAACAUGUUGACUAUGAAUGAGGUGUGAUGGCAUCGAGAUCGAGCUUCCUUUAAAACUUCUCGCGUAACAAGUAUGCUGGGUACUGCGGUUCUUAAUAUUAUAUCAUCAUCUUGUUCGAUCUCGCUGUUAAUUUUGAUCGGUUUAUGUUUGUCUUCAUCUGGGAGGUGCUUAGAAUCAUUCGUCGCUACUACAUUUCCCCUUGUAGGUACCUGAAUCACGCAGACGAGAAUUGGCAAACAUUUCUAGAUCGGGUGCAGGAAGCUUACGAGUUUUUUGAGGGAGGAACUCCACAGCGAGGCUAUCGUGACAAUUUCACGAUCGAGAAUUACCGAAUGCUCUUUCAGAGAGAAUCCUCCGCUUAUCGGGAUGAUGUUUGUCGUGGCGUGAAGCGCAUACGUGAUGGCAUGUGGGUCAAUGGGGAAGAGGUAGUCACAGUGUGCAGUGAUUGAAUGUAAAUACUAGACCAAGAACGACGAGGUGAGGAUGCAACUUUUCUACUGUAUGCUGUGGUCGUGCUGUUGCUCCACAGUCCUGUAGUUUUGAUAGAAGUCAAGUGGAAAAAAGCUACUACUACUUCUUGCUGCAUGUCACAUUCAAUUUCAGGUAAAGUUCCCGCAAGGCCUAGUAGAUGAGGGCUUCGAGCUAGCGGCUAGGGGAGAACGCCUGAUGGACCUUGUUUUUACGAUAGACGAUGCGGAAAUGCACCGGAAAAGUACUUCCCUUUAUCUGCCCCUCAACUUCGACGAUCUUUCGUAGUCUGCUUUGGAUUUAGUUACACGUGUGACAUUGUUUUAAUCUUUCCUAGCCCUCCCUUUUGUUUCUUGGAUUAAUUUAUCACUGAUAAAAACCAAUCGGCCAUCAACUAUUACUCUUUGCAAGCAGUUGACGACGUGCACCCUACGACACGAGCGACAACAGUUCAACGAUUCAUCUAUGCGUUAAGGAGCUUCGACAGACGCUACGUCAUUUUCGAAAAGAACUACAUUGAGGCACUCAUCGCAGUGGAGAAACAGAGCCGUAAUAGAUUUUUGUUUUUGCUUUGGUUGCUUUUUUCUUAGGAAUACUUACAUUUCUAUCAUAAUUAUGUAUGAUUUAAUUAUACCAGCACCAAAAGUAGUAGUACUAGUAGCUCUGAAUUUUUGUUAGGGAGGUUCUUAACCGCAAUUUCCCUUUUCCCCAAAUAUCGUCGAAUCAUUGAUCCACAGGUUCCCUCGUGCAAAGAAUAGCAGAGUUGAUUCAGCAACUGGAUGAUAGCGGAGAGAAAGUAAAUCAGGAGCUACUCGAUCAUAUGGCAGAGCUCAACAAAAAGUCUCGAGACUGCUUCAACUGUAAGUACAACUUUGAUAUUAUGCGCACAGUGCUUCUGAAAAGCUACGAGAAAUCGAUCCAUGAACGACUCUGGUAUUUACCAGCAGAGUUGCUGGAACGAUUCGAGGAUAUCUGCAUCUACUUGAAGGAACUUUUGCCAAAGAUUCUGCGAGUACAUCCAAAGUUGGAACACAACCCCGGCCUAGUGCAGCGCCUAGAAAAAUUCCACGACACGUACUAGAUUUUAUGACAAUCAUUUUUGAUUUGCAGAAUUGGUCUUCAUUGCUUCAUUCUUAAGUAAAUCGGGAUCUUCUUUGUCUUACUUGAUGUAGUUCCCCAACAACAGCACCUCAAACCAUUCGCACCAUCAUCAAAGGUAUCAACGAGUGUGCGAGUGGGUCAACGUCCAGGACAAUCCGAUGAGCAAUUUUUGCCACUUCCUAGAUGAGAUCCUGUCAGAAGAUCAGAAAAAAAAUCUCGAUGGUUCGGUGGACACGAUUCUUCUAAUUCCGCGUCUGUUCUGCCUCUACGUGUGGUAAUUUUCUAUUCUUUAUUGUUUUCGAGAUGAACAAGAACAAGUGUGUGCAGAAGUCGGGGGAGUGCUCAGCCUCACACCCUCGUCCCAGUUUUCAGUCAUCAUGUCUAAGACCAACAAGUAGGUACGUACUUAUUUCCAUCGAUUCUCCAUGCUACAAUGAUUUUACUCUUUCCUAAAAUAAUGUCACCUUGUUCUUCAGGCAUCAACGAAUGGAACUAGAGUCUGGCACUACUACAGCAUUGACCCGUCUCGUUCACGAAUUGCAUCCGGAGCUCCUCGUAGAUCUAUCGAGGUGUUUGUGUGGCACGGAUUGGGAGAACGGGGCGAUUGAGGAUCUCGCGAAAGAGGUGGUGGAGCGCGGCAUUGAUAGGCCUCACCCCAGCGAACUUAGUAAAGACUGGGAAGUCUUUAGCAUGCAGUUGCAGCGUAACAAUCCCAGCGCUUGGAACAGUUUCGUUUCGGUCAUCCUGCACGAGGACCCGGACGAAGAGGAGCGCAAUGCGCGACCCCGAUUGCCGAGCGUCUAG